AUGUUGAUGUUUUCCACUAAUGGCAGUCAAUAUUGUCACGCUUGGCCCAAUAUUGAAUGGGAGAAAAUGGACGAAGCUGCAAGCAUUUGGAGGCGCUUUUGCCGAAACACCACCAUUCCUGCCGUCGGGUUUAUUAGCAGAGAAAUCAAGCUGAACAGACUAUUGUGGGUGUUGUGCUUCUUGGGCGGCAUUGCCGGCACUGUUGCCAUCACCUUAACGAUUCUGGAAGAUUCCAGAUCGGAGUCCAUGUACAUUAACAUCGAAGCGCCUGUUCCGAUCACCGAAAUCCAGUUUCCUGGCAUAGCAAUUUGCGAGAUCAACAAAAUCAGCAAACAUCGAGCUGUAGAGCUGGCCAAUAAACUGUAG